CUGCUGCUGCUGUUCUGUGCUGCGCAGCUACCACAACGCACGAUAUGGCGCCAACAGGUCGAUGGAACCGAAUGUGGUUCCUAUUAGUGGCAACUGUCGUAACGCUGCUGUCUUUGCACGCUGAUGCUGCUAGACUUGGGGGAGAAGGUGUCGCGCUCACCAGAUCAGGGGACGUCCUCCUCGCGGAUGGAAGCACUCAAGAAGAGUACGAGGUGCGGGAAUCGGAUCCGAUCACGGCUCACUUCAUCUCGUUGGGCUCGGCGGCGCAGAAGCUGCUGAACAAGUCGGGUUACGCCUUCGGUUCCCUCGUUCGGAUCUCACACUCAGAUAGAGACAAAGAGUACGGCGAGGGGCCGGAGAGAACGGCAUGGUUUCCCAUGGUAGUGUUCCUGGAUGUUUUCGGAGAGGGUUCGGGGGACAAUGGCGAAGACAUCACGGCGCGGUACGAGGUGGCGUUGGAUUUCCACCCGAAGACUAUAGCCGCUCCGGGGCUAGUGGUUCUCGCGGCGUGGAGGAUCAACACGGACGGGGGCGUGGCGGCUAAACUCGAUGUUCUCCCGCCGGAGGAAAAGGGGUUCCUCGAGAAAAACAGGCCGGGGAUCACCAUGAUGUUCGGCGUUAUUAUCGCGUCCGGAAUCGUCAAGUUCCUCAGACGCGGCAUCGAGCGGCUUGUGAAGAAGGCCAAGGCGGACAGGCAGGAGGGAACGGCAACCGCUGCGCCAGGGACGGAGGCAGAGCCGUCGGUAGCGGCGGCACGAGGGAAGGACGCCCAAAAUCCCAAGAAGAAAAAGGAAGGCGGCAGCAACGUCAAGCAAGACUGAUGAUUUGCCCAGUGUGUUUGAUUACAACAACAGUCUCUCGUCGGGGAAUCACCAACAAUGCUGUGUGGUAGUGUCAAAACGAUCUUGUAGGUACCAGCGUUUCGUGUACGUGUACGUGUUGUAUUCUUCUUGACAUGUCAUAGACCGCACUAACCAGCUAAACGUCUUGUUGCGGGGUAAAACAGGCGGAACAUAUUUUUUUGGUUCUGGUCAGCGGGCUCCCCUGACGGGGGACGCGCGGAGGAUAUUGGGCGAAAGGGCUUGUGUGCGCCCCGCGUGUCUCAACUAUGCAUAGGGUUAGUAUUUCACCAUCGUAUGUAUACGUAUGUUGUUUCACUAUUUACCGGCAACGUAGGGCACGUCCGUCGGUGAAUGGCGUUUUUGUGAAUUCGUGUCUCAGUCCUUCCUCAUAUAUUUGCGAGCCAUGUCGCUCGAGUUGUAAAACCAAUUCGAGUGUGUAGUCACGAGCAGAAAUAACUUUGUUCUUUGCCCUCCUCGCCAAGUCGCGCGAGUUGAAAAUACAAUUUGGGUGUGAAACCACGAGCAG